UUAGUGCCGGUCACGUGGUCGCGGAGCAACUCCCUAGCCGCCCCGCCCCGCCCGCCGGAGCUGUCCAGUCGCAGCCCAGCCGAAGACUGGAGGCGCCCGGGCCGCCCCAGGGGGAGCGCGCGUGCGCGUGGGGGGCUGACUGCGGGAGCGCCGGCAGCAAAGCGGCUCCCGCACUGGGGCCAGCAGGGGAACCCGCGGCCCGCCGAACCCGCUCCGGCCGCGAGAGGCGGGCUCCAGCCACGGUUCGCGCUCUCGCUCAGAGCCCCGCGCCCAGGUGGGAUGGAAGAAGCCUGUCAGGUGCAAACAACCAAGCGAGGUGAUCCUCAUGAGUUAAGAAACAUAUUCCUCCAGUAUGCCAGUACUGAGGUUGAUGGAGAGCAUUACAUGACCCCAGAAGACUUUGUCCAGCGCUAUCUUGGACUGUAUAAUGAUCCAAAUAGUAAUCCGAAGGUCGUGCAGCUCUUGGCAGGAGUAGCCGAUCAAACCAAGGAUGGAUUGAUCUCCUAUCAAGAAUUCUUGGCAUUUGAAUCUGUUUUGUGUGCUCCAGAUUCUAUGUUCCUAGUGGCUUUCCAGUUGUUUGACAAGAGUGGAAAUGGAGAGGUGACAUUUGAAAAUGUCAAAGAAAUUUUUGGACAGACUAUUAUUCAUCACCAUAUCCCUUUUAACUGGGACUGUGAAUUUAUCCGACUGCAUUUUGGGCAUAAUCGGAAGAAGCAUCUUAACUACACAGAAUUCACACAGUUUCUCCAGGAGCUGCAGCUGGAACAUGCAAGACAAGCCUUUGCACUGAAAGACAAAAGCAAAAGUGGCAUGAUUUCUGGUCUGGAUUUCAGUGACAUCAUGGUUACCAUUCGGUCUCACAUGCUCACUCCCUUUGUGGAGGAGAAUUUAGUUUCAGCAGCUGGAGGCAGCAUCUCACACCAGGUUAGCUUCUCCUACUUCAAUGCAUUUAACUCCUUACUGAAUAAUAUGGAGCUUGUUCGUAAGAUAUAUAGCACUUUAGCUGGCACAAGGAAAGAUGUCGAAGUCACAAAGGAGGAGUUUGCCCAGAGUGCCAUACGCUAUGGACAAGUCACUCCACUAGAAAUUGAUAUCCUCUACCAACUUGCAGACUUAUAUAAUGCUACAGGGCGCUUGACUUUGGCAGAUAUUGAGAGAAUAGCUCCGUUGGCUGAGGGAGCCUUACCUUACAACCUGGCAGAACUUCAGAGACAGCAAUCGCACGGUUUAGGCAGGCCGAUCUGGCUCCAGAUUGCCGAGUCUGCUUACAGAUUCACUCUGGGCUCAGUUGCUGGAGCUGUGGGAGCCACUGCAGUAUAUCCUAUAGAUCUGGUGAAGACCCGCAUGCAAAACCAGCGUGGCACUGGCUCUGUUGUUGGGGAGCUGAUGUACAAAAACAGCUUUGACUGUUUUAAGAAAGUCUUGCGUUAUGAGGGCUUCUUUGGACUCUACCGGGGUCUGAUACCACAGCUUAUAGGGGUUGCUCCAGAAAAGGCCAUUAAACUGACUGUUAAUGAUUUUGUCCGGGACAAAUUUACCAGAAGAGAUGGCUCCAUUCCACUUUUAGCAGAAAUUCUUGCUGGAGGUUGUGCUGGCGGCUCUCAAGUCAUCUUUACUAAUCCAUUGGAGAUAGUAAAGAUUCGCCUGCAGGUAGCUGGAGAAAUCACCACAGGACCCAGGGUCAGUGCCCUGAAUGUACUCCGGGACCUGGGACUUUUUGGUCUGUAUAAGGGUGCCAAAGCGUGUUUCCUCCGAGACAUUCCCUUCUCUGCAAUUUAUUUUCCUGUUUAUGCUCAUUGUAAACUACUUCUGGCUGAUGAAAAUGGACACGUGGGAGGUAUAAAUCUCCUUGCAGCUGGAGCCAUGGCAGGUGUGCCUGCUGCUUCUCUGGUGACCCCCGCUGAUGUCAUCAAGACAAGAUUGCAAGUGGCCGCCCGUGCUGGCCAGACGACAUACAGUGGUGUCAUUGACUGUUUCAGGAAGAUACUCCGGGAAGAGGGGCCCUCAGCAUUUUGGAAGGGGACUGCAGCUCGAGUGUUUCGAUCUUCUCCCCAGUUUGGUGUUACCUUGGUCACCUAUGAACUUCUCCAGCGGUGGUUUUACAUUGAUUUUGGAGGCCUCAAGCCCUCUGGCUCAGAACCAACACCUAAGUCACGCAUCGCAGACCUUCCUCCUGCCAAUCCUGAUCACAUCGGUGGAUACAGACUGGCCACAGCCACUUUUGCUGGCAUUGAAAACAAGUUUGGCCUUUAUCUCCCCAAAUUUAAAGCUCCUAGUGUUGCUGUGGUUCAGUCAAAGGCAGUGGCGGCGGCCGCUCAGUGAUGAGACAACCACUGAGUGUGGCAAAAUGGUUGCCCUGGAGAGAGGGGCCUCGAAGAGCAGCCCUGUAAUGUAUCCAGUCAGCUGCAUGGUGCUGACUGAGCUGAGGAGUCAAACUAUUCUUUCUAUAUGACAUAUACAUAUAUUUGUUUAUAAAGUAAUCAUUUGCCCAGGAAAAAGCUACAAUGCAGUUUCAAGCUUUAGUCUUAAGUGUUGAAAUGUUUUCUAAGCCUUGGCAUGAAUUAGUGUUCUAGACUGCUUUGCACAGCUUGCACUUAUAGUGACUGUACAUAUUGUACAUCUUUGUACAGAGACAUCUUGGCACCUCAUCCCAACAAAUCACGUUUAUAGAAUGUAAUGCGGUUCUAAGUGGCUUGAAAUGUACAGAAUGUUUUGAAAGUGUUUUAUUAAGAGUCACACAAAAAUAAAUGUAUUAAAAUUAAAUUCAUUCUCUUAUUGGUGACUUAUAGAAAUAAAGCAUCAAUAUUGGAUGUAUUUAAUUCCCAGCUCGUUUUCCAUUCUGGAAUAAAAAGGUAUUUGCUGAUAAGGAGGCAUAAUGAGGCCAAGUGCUUACACCAUUGAAUAAGAGAUCCUUGGAAGAUGCAUGCUAGUAGAUGCCAGAGGACCAGGCUAAUGACUUGUGUGUGCUGAUGUGUUUCCAUUUGUAUUUAAUAUGUGUAUAGAUUCUCCUCUGUUCAUCAAUCAAAAGGCAUUUCCUAGACAGCUCCUCUCCUGUCAGUGGGCAUACGGAAAUAGGGAUGUCUCCAGCAUUACUGGCUUAGUUUUGCUUUCCUCUGACACAGCAAGGCAAGGGCCUAGCUUUUAAGAUUAAAAGAUACUUUGGCAAUUUUCCUUCAUAUGGACAUGUUUCCAAUCAAAAAUAAAAUGCACACCAAAAUGUAUGCAUGUAGUUGGAUUUUCCUUCAUAAAUACUCUGAUAGUGCUUUUUAUUUUGAUUCACUACCAGUUCCAAAGAACUCAUGAUCAGGAAUCCCUCUCUCCCACUUCUAUAAGAAAGUAUUUGAUUUGGAAAGGGCUCUGGGAGUGAGGGGAGGGAGGACGAUAAAGAGAAGCUGUAUCUUGGGAUUUUUAGUGGGGUCUAGGUUCUUCCUUAUGAAUCCAAAUACAAACUACUUAUUCCAAAAGUCACUCACCCAGGAUGUGAUUACUAAUUUAGAUCUAAACAUGCAUCUUGACAGCCACAUCUGCACUUUGCUGUGCUUGUGAUUUGAUGUGUACGUCAGAAUUUACUUUAGCAAAGUGCUUUGGGAAAACAUUAUUGCUGUUGCCGAUAAGCCGGGAUAGGAGAAUGUAUGCAAAUAUUUUCAAGGGACAAACUUGGAGAUAGACCAAGUCACUUAGUAUCCUACACAACACUCAUUACUUGAUGGCUGACAGGUCUGUAACACAACUAUAGGCACUCUCAGGCCCUCCAGCAACAAAAGACUUAGCUUUGAAAGCAAGUUAUUUCCAAAUGUAUUCAGUUCUCAUUGGAAUGGAAUAAAUAACAAUACAGUUGUUCACUAUUGCCACCUGUUAAAAAUACGCAAGUAGCCCAUGGAUAUGUUCUUACAAAAGAUUCAUAGAAUAUCUGUGCAUAUAAUUGACCUUUGAACAACUUGGGGGCUAGUGGUACCAACCCCCUGUGCAGUGGGAAAUGGGCGUAUAACUUUUGACUCCUGAAAACUUAACUACUAAUAGCUUACUAUUGACCAGAAAGAAGCCUUACUGAUAACAGGAUCAAUUAGCACAUAUUUUAUAUGUAUUAAAUACUGUAUUCUUGUAAUAAAAUAAGCUAGAACAAAGAAAAUGUUAAGAAAAUCAUAACACAGUCCUGCAUUGACGAAAUAUAAGUAGACCACACAGUUCAAACCCAAGUUGUUUGUAGGUCAACUGUAUAGAGAAAGAUGUGAAAGUGCCCUCCUUACCCCGCUUCUCCCUUUACCACUUGCUUCCUGAGAGGUAAUCACUGCUAAUAGGUUAGAGUCUAAAUUUGCAGUCUGUUUUUCAUACAUCUAUAUAAAGAUAUAUGUACAUAUUUAUAUUUUAAGAACAGGAUUAUGCUAUGUAUGUAUUGUUCUGUGACUGUCGUUCACUUAAUAUCUUUGAGAUCUUUCCAUGCCAGUUCAUAGAGAUUUAUCUUAAUUUUUAAUAGCUGCGUAGUAUUCCAUAGUAUGGUUAUAGACACUUUUAGUAAAUACUCCCUUAUUGACAUUCAUUUUUUUUUUUUUUACUACUGCAAGAACUGCUGCAGUGAAUGGUACACAUCUUUGUACAUAUAUUUUGAGUACAUGUGCUAAUAUUUCAUUAGCGUAUUUGAAAUUUGGACUGAUAAUUCACAAGAUAAUAUGGGUUUUACAUUGAUGUCUGUAUUGCCACAUUGUUCUUCAAAAAGGCUUUAUUGAUUUACUUUCCUACUGACAGCAUAUAAGAAUGCCUAUUUCUUUGUAACCUCAGAAAAAAUGGGUAUUAUCAGUCUUUCCUUUUAGGUAAAUCAUGAUGGAUGAUCACUGUGGUUUUAAUUUUUGUUUUCCUAAUUACUAAUGAGGUUGAAUGUCUUUUCAUAUUUACUGGCCAUUUGUAUAUUUUCUUAUUGUGGAAUAUACAGAAAGUACAUGAGACAUACGUGUAUGUAUGUAUAUACACACAUCUUUUAAAAUCAUAAAGUGAACACUAGUGUAACUACCCUGUCAAGAAAUACAGUAUUUUUGUAUUUCUAACACCUCUGAAGUUCCCACAUGAUUCUCCCCAUCACACUCCUUCUCUCUUCUUUAACACCAGUCCUACUCUUCAUUUCUUUAUAGUUUUACACCCAUAUAUACAUCCCUAAAUAUUUAGUUCAUUUCUGAAAUUUAUGAGUCAAAUUAUAUUAUAGACUUUGAGACUUCUUUUGCUAAAAAUGUUUAUAAGAUUCAUCCAUGUAAUUGUAUGUAGCUAUGCUUUGCUUAUUCCAUUAUAUGAAUAUAUUAUAAUUUUUCCAUUUUAGUUUGGACAUCUGGGUGGUUUCUAACUUGGGGAUAUUACAAAUAGUGGAUAUUUUGUAUGUGUAUUCUAGAGUAUGCACUUUAUU